AGAACACACACAUGCAAACGAGCCGAACACGAAGGUUAACGCAUUUUUUACUUGCGUGAAAAAAAAUUUGCAAAAAAGGGCUGCAGAAAUUAAAGCAACAAAAGAACAUCGCUAAAAUAAACAUUGCAAGUUAUUUUUUAAGAAACCGUCGCAUAAGCACGGGACGCGUGCAUACCGAAUUGAAGAAGCAUUGUAAAAAAAAGAACUAAAAACCAGCCGCAGCCAUAUAUCGUUAGAAAUAGAGAAGCGACUGCCAGCCAAGCUCCAAUUAUAGCAAUUUUUUUCAACACAAGACAAUGUCCGGUAUAGCCAUUACUCGCUUGGGAGAAGAACGUAAGGCAUGGCGCAAGGAUCAUCCAUUUGGUUUCGUGGCUCGUCCCGCAAAAAAUCCCGAUGGCACAUUGAAUCUCAUGAUCUGGGAAUGUGCCAUUCCCGGAAAGAAGGGCACACCAUGGGAGGGUGGUUUAUACAAAUUACGUAUGAUUUUCAAAGAUGACUAUCCAACCUCGCCACCAAAAUGUAAAUUUGAACCUCCAUUGUUCCAUCCGAAUGUAUAUCCCUCAGGAACGGUGUGUUUGUCUCUGCUGGACGAGGAGAAGGACUGGCGUCCCGCCAUUACCAUCAAACAAAUUCUCUUAGGUAUUCAGGAUUUACUCAACGAGCCGAAUAUUAAAGAUCCUGCACAAGCAGAAGCCUACACAAUCUAUUGCCAGAAUCGUUUGGAGUAUGAGAAGCGUGUGCGUGCUCAGGCCAGAGCUAUGGCAGCUACCGAAUAAAUUUAUUAACUACAUUUUUUACUUAAGCAUUACUCCAUUAGUUAUAAACAAAAAAGCAAAACAACAACAAAAUAAGCAUCCACUAUCUAAUUUAACACCUUUCUCACGACGCCAUCACUGGCAUGGCAUCAUCCUGGAUAGAAGACGUCGCCCGGAAGAGCCUUUUUAGGAUUUAUUUUAUAUACAUAAAAUCCUUAAAUGAAAUUAUUGUAUUUAACUCUGUAACUAUUAUAAACUUAUCAUUAAUUCAUUUCACAAAAUAUUAUAUUUUAAAAAAACCGAACAUGAAAAUUAA